CCUGAGGUUAUCCGUAUGCUGAUUUACCAGAGAUUUAGAAAAUCAUGAAAUGUAUGGAAGAGAAGAGACUAUUGAAACCAGCUCCCUACAGACCUUAUACCCUCUGAAGCAAUUCCGGGUGGUAAAUAUUCCAUAUGCUUCUGCAUGGUUUAAACUGAGCCGGUCGGACUGUAUGUAGUGGACUGUGAUGUAGACUAAGGUCUGAAUCAGCUACGGUUAAAGGGUACACCGCUCAGCCGUCCGUUUCGAAGGAUUUUGUUUGUGACAUUUUGUGUUCCAAAAAUAAAGACGGAAGUACUUUAAAUGCCCGUAAGGAAGAACUAGAACGUCGAACCACCCUAAGGGUGCAAGUUUUACAGAAACGCCCACUGACGGCAACGGACGACAGGAAGCCAGGGGUCACCAUCACUGUAAGUGCUCACCAUCACCUGGACAACCUGACAUAAGUUGUAUGUAGUGGUCUAAAACAAUCAAAGUCACAGCAGUCCAAGUCGUAGCUGAGGAAAGCAUAACUCCAGUAUGACCCCCCAGGGUGGCCAUUAUUUAAACAAGACAGCUGUGCUUUCCCCUCUCGGCGCUGUCCAUUUGACAGAGCUUGUUCUCGGCUGUACCGUGAUCUCUUUAGUGGUCCACGGUGCAGGAUACAGUGCUGUCUACGGGAUUUUCUGCAUGGCAGCGUGGUGCACUUGUUUUGCCUCCUCGGCAGCCAUCUUCGCUCUGGAUGUGACGCGUCUACACUCAUGUCUUCCUGUGUCCUGGGAGAACCUGACUGUGACCCUGGCUGCACUGUCUGCUCUGCUCUACUUCACAGCUUCUAUCGUCUACCCAGUUUACUUUUUACGCAAUGAGUGCCCGUAUAAUGAUUGUGAGGUAAGAAAUUUCCGGAUAGCUGUAACUGUGUGUUCCUGGGCAGCGUUUGUGGCGUACAUCACUGAAGUUUCCUUGUCCCGAGCCAAACCAACCCGAGCAGCCAGCUACAUGUCCACUCCAUCUGGCCUCCUAAAGGUGGUGCAGGCUUACGUCGGAUGUGUCAUUUUCAUCACUCUUGCUAAUGGGACUGAGUUUUGGCGUCACCCGGCGACUGUGUACUGCGUGGCAGUGUUUGUGUUCUGUUUUGCUGUGACGGUGCUGGUGGUGGCACUGAGAGUCCUCGGACGUACAACUUUCCUGAGUCUGCCUCUCGACCGGUUUGUAGUACUCUACACGUUUGCUGCAGUGCUGUUGUAUGUGAGUGCUGCUGUGACCUGGCCUGUGUUCUGCUUCGACAGGAAAUACGGCUCACCGCUCAGACCUCAGGGUUGUCCUGGGGGAAGGUGUGCAUGGGACAGCCAGCUUGUUGUGAGCGUGUUCUGCUUUCUCAACCUGGCUUUUUAUAUAGCAGAUCUCUGCUGUUCCCAGAAAGCACGAUUUGUGACCCGGCAGCCACGUGUGUGACACCUACGCCGUAUGCACGCUCUAUACCUUCAUGUUUGUUCCCGGAUCUGAGACUGGGCCUUAAAUCAAUAAGGCAUGAGUGCUUAUAAUGCUUAUGAACUGUUCUACUGUUUCCACUGCAAAAUGAACUCCUCAUUCAGGCAGGACAAGGACCACUUUUAGAGCGUUGAUCAUUAAAUCUAAAAACUUUAGGUUAGCAAAUGCUUGCUUAAAGACAUAUUUAGGUUAAAAAAAAAAAUCAAUUUUAAACAUCUUUCCACUUCUACCUUUCACUUCCGUAAAUCAAUCAGCUAAGAGAUGUUUGAUAUCUGAUACUUGCUUAAUGGAUGUCCAUGUUUAAGCUACAUCAUUACAUUUUAAAUAGAAAAUCUAUAAAUAGAAGUGAUUCCUGUUAUAGAAUUAGGAAUAGAAGUUGAAAUUACUUUAGCAUCAAACAUGAUCCUGUAAGAAACUGCCACUGGAGCGACAGAUACUUCUCCCGGGGUGGGGAGUCUUCAUCGCCCGAUGUGCUCGAUGCAUUGACUCUUACCCCCAUGACAUAUUAUCUGGUUGUUUAAAAUGGUGCCUUCACAAUGUUACAGCACCAGAUUGCCAAAAAAGCCUUUAUAGAUCACAGUAAGUCUUGGGGAAGGAAUAAAGAAAAAUAUUGUUUCACUGAGCUGUUUCUAUUU